CAUUCGCAUUCGGAGCCGAGUCGGCGCGCUCUCCGCCUGUCUACACAUAUUCGGCACACGAAUGAGCUUUAUCUUUGUUAUAAAAGUUUACUUGUAAAGCUUCUGACUCAUACAGUUUAGAAAAAAAACGGUGCUCCGUUAAGAAUAGGCGUAUCUACACGUUAAAAGGAUCUACUAUGAACGGAACGGGGCCUUUGCUUCCUCAUAAUUACAAUACAGCACAGAUACAGAAGAAGGACAACACUUCGUUGAACCAGUCUUUGGCGACGGCGAUUGGCCCGGCGCCUGCCAAUAGAGCUGGGAUGUCGCCGCUACUAGGCCCCGAGAACACUCUGUGCGAGUGUCCGUUCUGCAACGCGAGCAUCAAGACCGCGGUUCAGUACACCACGACCUCUCGCACGCACAUCGCGGCUGCCCUCUGGUGCUUGGCAUGUUGCUUGUGCUGCGUGCCAUAUGGAUCGGACUCUGCGAAAAACGCGGACCACUACUGUCCCAGCUGCCAUAGAUACUUAGGUACUUACGAAAAGUAAGAUUAUGUAAACUUGGGUAUGAGGUUACUCAUAUCGCAUGCAUGAUUUUUAACGUUUUAUAAUGAUUGGAGCACAUAAUGAACGUUUAUGUUUUAUUUUUUAAAGGGACAAAACUAUUAUUUUUGUAUUAAAAAUUAUACAUUUCAUAUUAAAGAUGUUUUUAUUUCACCACUUCGUCGCCAUUAAUAUAUUUCUGCAUAAUUGCGGCUUAAGUACUAACGUUCGCGCGGUCAGACAGACGGACAAGGCGAAACUAUAAAGGCCCUCUACGGAACCUUAAAUAUUAGGUGGUCACAUGGUGAUUCACAGUUAUACUUGCUUCUAAAAUAAAUGAUUUAAAAGACACAUACAUUUUUCUUAUAAAAUAAGCUUAAAUGAAAGGUAGUUUUGUACAAAUGGUUUUAUUCUUUCUGUUUAGAAAAUGAACGAAUUAACAGCGAGAGAUUACUCUCUCAUGAUCAUUACAUAGUUACAAACAGUUGAUCUUAUUAAUUAAAAAUACUUUCUAGCAUCAUAAGUAUCAUAACAAUGGAUACACUCAGAAAUCUGAUUCACAGACAAAUGAAAUAUAACAUUGUAUCAUUAUGCUCUAAAAUAUCAUAGGAAUGAGUUCGACA